UCCCGACUCGACACUACCAAAAAGCCAGUAACAGCACUAACACUUGCCAAAAGGCCAGGAACUGGUUCUACUCACUUGCAAAGGGCCAGUAAAAACUCGAAAGCCUACUGUGACACCCUUAUUCAAGCCAGCAAAACCUAUACAUGGGCGCCUGGUUGGUUUUGGCAAAAUGUUGAUCAUCCAAGCUGCU